UUUAACUAUGCAACUUAACCCCAAUCCACGCACGUUGCAGAUCUGUAAACAGUUGAAACUAAAGCAACUUCUUGUUUUAGUGAACGAGUAACAAAAUGCAAAAAGAAACUAAGUCGACAACAAAAAACAACCCCAAAUUAAACAAAAGUAAUAAACCACAGAAUGGCAAGAAGAAAAUCAAGGUUUUCACCAAAAAGAAAAAAGCCAAAACACCUGAGUCUAAACUGAUUCAAGAACUACAAGAAAAAUACGAUGCUAUUGAUUUAUCAGCAGUAACUUCAUUUAAUGAUAUUCCUCUUUCCUCACAAACUAUGAAAGGCCUCAAAAAAGGUGGUUACACAAAACCAACAGAGAUCCAACUUCAAACACUGAAGCAGAGUCUAAAAGGAGAGGAUAUCCUUGGUGCUGCACAAACUGGAUCAGGCAAAACACUAGCAUUCUUGAUUCCUGUGUUAGAAAUAUUAUACUGUCAUCAGUUUACAAGAACUGAUGGUGUUGGUGCUGUUGUAAUAACUCCAACAAGAGAGUUGGCAUAUCAAAUAUUUGAGGAAUUGAGAAAGAUUGGUGAAUUUCAUGAGUUCUCAGCUGGUUUGGUCAUUGGUGGCAAAGAUUUAAAGUUUGAAAGGGAGAGAAUGGAUCAAUGUAACAUUAUUAUUUGCACUCCUGGCAGAUUGUUGCAACACAUGGAUGAAAAUCCAUUAUUCACUUGUGAUAAUAUGAAAGUUGUGGUCUUGGAUGAAGCAGAUCGCAUUUUGGACAUGGGAUUUGCUGAAACAAUGAAUGCCAUCAUUGCGAAUUUACCUCCAAUACGCCAAACUUUGCUAUUUUCCGCAACCCAAACGAAAUCAGUGAAAGAUUUAGCACGGUUGAGUCUAAAAGAUCCUUCAUAUGUUUCCGUACAUGAUAAUAAAGAAUUCAGCACGCCUACUAGCCUACAACAGAGUUAUAUGGUUUGUGAGCUGCAUGAAAAGAUUUCCGUACUUUACAGCUUCAUCCGCAAUCAUUUAAAGGCGAAAUCUAUUAUUUUCUUUUCGAGUUGUAAGCAAACCAAAUACGUGUAUGAAAUAUUCUGUAAAUUGCGGCCUGGUUUGUCGCUUAUGGCGUUGUACGGGUCACUACAUCAGUUGAAGCGAAUGGAGAUUUACCAACAGUUCUGUAAUAAAACACACGCAGUGUUAUUCGCGACUGAUCUCGCAGCAAGAGGUUUAGAUUUUCCGAAUGUGAAUUGGGUCGUGCAGGCGGAUUGCCCUGAAGAUGCGGAGACUUAUAUUCAUCGUGUUGGAAGAACAGCGAGAUAUCACCGUGGCGGUGAAAGUUUACUUCUUCUACUUCCUAGUGAGAUUGCAAUGGUCGACGAGUUGCAAAAAUAUAAAAUACCAAUUGAAAAAAUUGACAUAAACCCGGAUAAAUUAACAAACCCAGUUCGAAAAAUGGAAGCUUAUCUAGCGAAAGAUCAUGAACUAAAAGAUACCGCACAACGCGCGUUUAAAUCAUAUUUCAAAGCUGUGUAUCUAAUGAAAAACAAGAAAAUCUUCAACGUGAAGAUUUUAGACACGACUGCGUUUGCCCAUUCUCUGGGCAUGGCUAUCGCACCUCGAAUUCGUUUUCUUGAACGACUAGUACGUAAAGAUGGUUUGAAUGUCAAUGAUGGUGAGCAUAAAUUCAUCGAGAAUCCGCCACAGAAUAAAGUUAUCAAGUUUGAAUCUGACGAUGAAGAUAGCGUACCCAAAACGGUAACAAAAUCAAAAGUUAAACAAUCUACUGUUACUUCCACAUCAACAAGUAAACUUGGUGAUGAUUCAGAUGAAGACGAUGAUGAUGACAUGUUGCAAAUUAAACGUGCGGAUCAUGAUAUUGAAAUGCCCGAGAAUUUGGAAGAAUUAACCAUAACAGGCAGAAAGAAGAAUAAACCAUUGACAAAAGCAGCGCUUGCUAAGAAAAUGCUCAACAAACAAAUCGUACCCAAUAAAAAAAUUACAUUCGAUGAUGACGGUGAAGUGAUUCCGGAUGGCACUAAACAAAAACAGUCUGGUUUAGCCCAGGAAUACGAAAAUGAAGAUGAGGGUGGUAUUAAUAUCGAGAAAGCCAAGGCUAUACUGCGAGAGGAAGAUCAGUAUGAUAAACAGUUGUUUAAAGAGAAGGUGAAGGCUAAGAAGAGAGAAGUUAAGAGGAAGUUAAAGGAGCAGAAGAAGGCGAAUAAAGUUGAUGAGGACGAGGGUGUGGAUGAUUUUGGUAGUGAUGAUGAGGAGGGCAGUGAGCCUGAUUUGUCCUGGAUGCCUGAUCCUGAUAAAUUAUAUGGUCCUGCAGCUGAUGAAGAGGAUUAUAAUCUGGCUACGUAUGAAAGUGAAGAAGAAGAGGAAAUUGCACCUCCACCACAAAUUAAAACUAAGAAGCGAAAAUCUAAGCAGAUUGAUGAGGAUACCAGUGACAAAGAGAAGACAAAGUUGAAAGCAAAGAAGAAAAUGAAAUUAGAUAAUGUUUCGGCAUUGAAUGUUAAUGAAGCCGAAGAAUUAGCUAUGAUGUUGUUGGGAAAAUAAACGAAUUAAUAUUCGACUGUAAAAAA